AUGUCCGAAGCCUAUGAGCGCGAGCGCCAAAACAACGACUCUCUCGCCGCCCUCUCGUCCAAAGUCUCGGCCCUGCGCUCCGUCACAAUCGAUAUCUACGACAAUGCACGCGAUCAGGGUGUCAUCGACUCCACCACCGAUACCUUUUCCAACAUGACCACCUCCCUCAAAGGCUCGGCGAGACGGUUAGGGGUCAUGGCAAGCCAAGGGAACAAGGUCGCUGUGUUGAAGCUUGCGGGCAUCAUCAUAGCCGCGGUUUUGGUGCURUAUUGGUUGAUGAGCUGGUUUCUAUAG